AUGGGGGAGAAUUUACGGGCAGAUACUAUCAAGAACCAAUAUUUGUGCUACAAUAAUCAACAAAAAUUAUUCUUUUUAAUACAAGUUAUUUCGCAAUUAUCAGUUUCAAUGAUUCUUGCAAAAUUUAAAAAAUGUAAAUAUAUUCAUAAAGAUAAGGUUUGUUUAAUUGAAUCUGUUAAAUUCAAUACGAAUAGCCUUAUCCGCGGUUAUUUAAGUCUAUUGCAUUGUGGAUUUUUCGCCGGUGUCAAUCGUAUAGUCAAUUGUGGUUUUUGUUUCUCUGUGUUGUUUUGUGGAUUCUCGUCCCUAAUCAAUUUUCCUAUCAAUUUCCUGUACUUUAUUUGCAAUUUUUAUGUGGCAAUUGCCGACUCCCUUGAGAAAAGUGGUGAGGACAAUGGUGAACAGGAUCAAAAACACAAACAUGGUAAACGCUCAAAGAAAGAACAUGAUUCUACUGGCCAAUCGCGUAAGUUUCAGUUUUUUAGGUGUCCUUGGUUAAAACCCACCAAGAAAAAGAAGAAUAAAAUGGGUGAAAUAAAAGUACCUGAUCAGCAGCACGUGAUGUUUUCGCUGGGUGAACAGCAUGCUGAUGACGAACCGCGGCAAUCACCAGCCUUUGUAGAACUAGAUGAGCUCUACACUGAUCCGACUUCGGGAAAUCCACCAGAAUGGAGAGAAGUGGCCAGAUGGUUCCACAUCUCCAGCAGUUGUUUUUUUCCGAUUUUAUUUGUUGACACCAAAAUUCCCAGUAACUUAUCAACUUUUCUUUACCCUACAAAACGUAAUGUUGUUUCCAUUGACAAACUCACGUUUUCAGGCGAACCAUGUUUCGAAUAUUUUCGUGACUGGCCAGCACUUUCACUAGUUUUUACAUAUAUCUGCCGCCUUUAUGCCUCACCUGGGCGGCAUAUUUGGGCAGACUUGAAAAGUAAAGAGAAAAAGGAUCUCACUCCCUUGGUGGCCAAAAUGCAGGUCACUUGGGCUGCCAAGAGUGAACUUGGUUCUGUUAACGACCCGUACAGACUCAGUCCUUCAUGGAAGUUGCCUUUUGAGGGAAUCUUGUUUUUUGCAAAAGUUGAAAUGGGUCAUAAAUUUCGUGCCUAUUUCACCGCACUACCACUCAAGUUGUCUUUGAAGUCAGGUCAUAUGAAUAUAAAAGAAGCUGUUAGAAAGCAGAAAGUGUCUCGAGAAGCAUAG